ACUCCUAGAGAAGUGUGUGGAAUCGGCUGUGGGAAGUACGACGCGAGAGGUUCUAGAGUUCGUGCGGCCAUGGCGGCGGCCGCCCCCAAGGCCGGGGCUUCAGCUUCCGAGGCAAUGGGUUCCGCCGAAGCUCCGCUGCAGUACAGCCUUCUUUUGCAGUACCUGGUGGGCGACAAGCGUCAGCCCCGGCUCCUGGAGCCUGGCAGCCUGGGCGGGAUCCCGAGUCCCUCCAAGAGCGAGGAACAAAAGAUGAUCGAGAGGGCGAUGGAAAGUUGCGCCUUCAAGGCUGUGCUGGCCUGCGUGGGAGGGUUUGUCUUGGGAGGUGCAUUUGGGAUCUUUACUGCUGGCAUUGAUACCAACGUAGGCUUUGACCCUAAGGACCCUUACCGCACACCAACUGCAAGAGAAGUCCUGAAAGACAUGGGACAGAGAGGGAUGUCCUACGCCAAAAACUUUGCCAUUGUGGGCGCCAUGUUUUCGUGCACCGAGUGCUUGGUAGAAUCUUACCGGGGAAGGUCGGACUGGAAGAACAGUGUCAUCAGCGGCUGCAUCACCGGGGGAGCCAUAGGUUUCAGAGCUGGUGUAAAGGCCGGGGCCAUCGGUUGUGGCGGGUUUGCUGCUUUCUCUGCUGCAAUCGAUUAUUACCUACGGUGAAGGAAACGGCCCGAGAGGAAGGACGGCGCCAGCCACCUUCAGAGCUCGUCUUUGGAGCAGUUUCUACACACUUGGCGUUGCUUCAGGGGUGAAGCCAGUUGUUUCCCUCCACAGUUGGUGGUGUGAGGGACCCACAUCACCGUUCUCUGCCUCCAGCCAUUGGAGCAGCUGUACUUUUCUACUUCUGAAUUCCACCAGGUUUUUCAGGGGAGAUGGUAUGCCAGAUUGUCUCCUUGCAGUAAGCAGAUCAGGGGGCAGUGGCUUGAACCAGGCUCAGUCCUGACCACUCAGCUCUCCAGCUGCGAACAGGGAGAUGGCACUAUGUUUGCCCAUAGCCAGGAAGCUCCUCUGCCUUGAGAUUGUGUGCUGGCAUUCAUCUUGAAUACCAGGGCAGGGCAAAGUAAACUUACGCCAUCAGGCAAUGAUGUCAUUUCAUUGCACUUAG